AUGAAUUACAAAGAAUAUAAAUUAAAUAAAUAAAUACAUUUUAACACUUAAGAAAAAUAAAAGAUUUAGAAAAAUGUUUGUGCCUUUGAUCUUUGCCGUAUCUCUUUGGACUCUUGCUUAUAAAUAUUUGGUAAAGUUGAACUAUAACUUACAAAUAGUGUUUUCUAUACUAUCUAUGGUUCAUUGGUUAAUAGCUUUUAUCUAUUUUGA